AUGUCCGAGGAAUCUUCAGCGCAGGCUGUGACAAACAAAGAGGGACCUGUUGUGACUAGCACGGUGAAACAACAGGUCAAUGGCUCUACUGAGAAAGCAGUACCUGAAGAAAAAAAAGUCGAAGAGACUAAAUCUGGAAAUGAGGCUAAAGCAGAUGAGAAGAACCCAGUAGAAAAAGAAAUCAAACGUGUCCCAGUGCAAGCAACUUUUAGGGGUUGGAAAGAAGUAUCUGGAUGGAGAGAAAAUGAUACUUUGACCAAAGAAGACGAAUUGGAUGAUUUGCUCUCUACCCCUACGUUACUUGAAAAUUAUUUGCCUGACAUUGCUUAUGGUCAGUGGUUCCAUAAUGUGGCAAUUUUGUUCAUUGGUGGGUUAUUUUCUUGGUUCUUUGGUCAUUUUAGGUUCUCUCUUGGUCCUGUGUUCUUUAUUAUUUUAUUCACAGCAAUUUACUACAGAACUCAGAUUAGAAAGUACAGAACCGUUAUUAAACAGGAAACCCAAAGAGAAAUGUCCGUUAAGAAAAUUGAAACUGAUUAUGAAACCAUGGAUUGGUUAAAUGCUUUGCUCGAUAAGUAUUGGAUUUUCCUCGAGCCAUACAUUUGUCAAACUGUUGCUGAUACUGCUAAUCCGAUCAUUGCCUCUUCCAUUGGCUCUUUACCAGCCUUCAUCAAAGCAGUGUGGAUUGAUACCAUUACCUUGGGAUCUAAGCCAUUUAGAAUUGAGUCCGUGAAAACUUUACCAGAAACUUCUAAUGAUGUCUUGGUUAUGGAUUGGUGCGUUAGUUUCACUCCAAAUGACCACCAUGAUUUGACUUACAAGCAGUUGAAGAACCGGGUGAAUCAAAAAGUUGUGGUCAAGAUUAAAUUAUUUGGAAUUUCCUUGCCUAUUGUUGUGAAGAAUGUGGCAUUCAACACAACUGUAAGAGUCAGAAUUCACAUGAUGGAGAGCUUCCCACAUAUUGAUACUAUUAACGUCUCUUUACCUGAACUCCCGAUGUUUGAUUUUGUCUCCAAAGUGUUUGGUGAUACCCCGAUUAAUUGGGAGGUCCUUUCAUUCCCUGGGUUAUGGCCAUUUAUUAACGAAAUGGUUAGUAAAUAUGCUGGCCCUCUUGUUUUGCCACCUUUCUCUUUCCAAUUGAAUGUUGAGCAAUUAUUAGCUGGUGAUCUUAAUGCUGCGGCUGGUAUCUUAGCCAUUCAAGUGAAGAAGGCUUCUAAUAUUAAAUUAUUCGACCGUACUUUAGAUAACACUAUUGAUCCUUAUAUCACUUUUGGCUUUGGGUCGACUGUUGUUGCUAAGACUAGUACUUUGGAAGACACGCAUGUUGCUAAAUGGGACGAGACUUUGUUUGUGUUAGUUAAAAAUUUGACAGAUCCUAUGCGCAUGGCCAUUUAUGAUUACAAUGAUGAUAGAAAGGAUGGGUUGAUUGGUAUUUUGGACUAUGAUAUGCAGUCUCUUAAAUCUGAUCUAACUCAAGAGGAUAUUUCUACAUGCUUCUUUCGUAAUAAUAGACCAGUUGGUGAUGUUUCUUUUAGCAUUAAAUAUCAGCCAGUGAUUUUACCAAAGAGAUUAAUUGAUGGCUCCACUGAACCUCCGCCAGAGUUGAAUACUGGUGUUGCCAGAAUUGAAGUUUUAGGUGCUGAUUUUGAUGCUGAAAAACCACUCACUACCUCCGUUGAAUUGCGCAUCAAUAAUAAAUCCGUUGCAACUUCCAAGAUUGUCAAAAAGAGUAAUAAUCCAUCUUAUUCCCUUACUGGUAGAUACGUUGUCACCAACCGUGCCCAUGCUAGGGCCACUAUCAUUCUAAAGGAUGCCAGUGGCAAAGAAAUUGACUCUAUUUAUACUACUCUUAAUGAUGUGAUUGAUAGAACCGUGAUUAAAAGACCAUUUAUUCCAUUUUCAAAAGGUUCAGGUCAACUUAAUAUUGAAGGUUACUGGUCACCUGUUAAGAUGGAAAAAGUUUCGGGUGCUACUACUUAUACUGAGCCAAUUGGUGUUAUUAAGGUCGUGGUUAACAAUGCUAGAGAUUUGCGUAAUUUGGAAACAGUCGGUACUAUUGAUCCAUAUGUUAGAGUGCUUGUUAAUGGGUUUGCUAAAGCUAGAACGACAGUUAGAGAUUCUACGACCAAUCCAAAUUGGAAUGAAGCCCUCAUUGUCCCUAUUACUUCCGUUAAUCAAAAGCUUACUAUUGAAGCUAUGGAUACCGAAACCCGUGCUGAUAGAUCUCUUGGCUCUUUUGACUUGAAGUUGUCUGACAUUAUUUCCAGAGAUGAAAAGGGUAACUUGGCUAUUUAUAAUGAUAAGGAACCAAGAACUAACAGAUUAGUUGCUAGAAAAUUCUCAAAAGGUAAUGUUACUUACAGUAUCAGCUUCUACCCAUUGCAAGAAGUUUUGUCUCCUGAAGAAGCAAGAGGUAUUGAGGAAGAACGUAAAAAGGUCAAGGCUAAGGAAGAUGCUGAUGCUAAGCUCUCGGACGCUGAAAAGAAGAAACGUGAUGCUGAAGCUGCGGCCAAGAAAGAAUUGGAGAUGUUUGAUGAAUCCGUUCCUUUGGCUCACCCAGUGUCUGAUUUCAGCAAGACUACUAAGAAGAGAGUUACUUUGGAUCAAUUAGUGGAAAGUGAAUCUGGUGUGUUUGUUUUCACUAUUCUCGAUGGGAAAUUUGUCAAUAAGAAAGGCUAUUUACAAGCAUUCUUUGAUGCCGGUGGGUAUGCAGAAUACACCUCUCCUAAAAUCAGUUCAGUUAGAGCAUUUAGAGGGGUUGGUGAUGUGGUCAUUAGAGAUUUAAGUUGGUCUCAAGCGCAUUUUAGAAUUGCCGAAGAGCAAGAUCACAACCGUGCUGAAGAAUCUCUUGCUGAAGUUACUAUUCCAACUGUUACUUUGUUGAAGAAUUCAUAUGAUGAGCCAUAUGAAUUGAAAUUGGACGACGGUUCCUCCAUUAAGAUUUCCACCAGAUUUAUCCCAUUGAAUGGUGGUGAAUUGCCAGAAAGUGAUAGAAUCUCCUCUUCUGGUACCGUUUCUAUGGAAAUUAAGAGCGCUGCGAACUUGAUCGCCGCGGAUACUAACGGAAAGUCCGAUCCAUAUGUUAAAUUUUUGUUGAAUGGAGCAAAGGAAGAGUUGUAUAAAACAAAGACAAAAAAGAAGACCCUUGAUCCAGUGUGGAACGAAUCCACGGAAUUUGAAAUAUCAAAUAGAUACUAUUCCUACCUUAAAGUGGCGGUCUAUGAUUGGGAUAUUGGUUCCGGUCAAGACGACCCAUUGGGAGAAUUUGAUUUCCCACUUUCAGAGAUCAAGGCUGAUGGCUCGGAAACCGACGUUGAAAUCAAAUUGGCAGGUGAACAUGGUGAAGCAAACGGUGGAAUGGUUUAUUUGACAUUCAAAUUCAAAGAAGGUUAUAUCAUUCCUGUGUCUAAGGUUGAAAGAUCUCUUGAUACCGCUGUUUUCGACACAGGUAAAACCUUUGUAGCUGGUGGCUCUAAAAUUAUUGGUGGUACUAUUGGUGGCGGUAUUGGUGCUGUUGGAAAGGUGAAGAACACUAUUUUUGGUAAGAAAAAGGAUUAG